GUAUCAUCAAUGAUCAAACAUGCUUCAUUUCUAUUUUCUGUGUCUGUGGUUCUUGUCUCAGGGAUAUUCAUACGGUUGAUAACUUGUUAAAUAAUUUUAUUUACCUUUUAUGCAAACAUAAUAAUUUUUGUAAUGAUCAUUUAAAUAUAGUGAACCGGAGUGAGAUUUUGAGAAAUGUUAUAUAUAAAGUCAUAAUGGAUCCAAGAAUGUGUAGAAAAAUCAGUAGUAGUGAAAGUCUUCCGGACGCCGAUAAUGUGGAGUUUGAGGUAUCAAACGUCAUUGCACCGCAAGAGAGCGAUGAUAAUUUUAUGCUGGAAGGUAGUCCCGAGCCACACUCCGUGACAUGGCUCCACGACGAUGAAAUAGAAGAUUUAGAUCCACCCAAUUUCUACUUCAAUAGAGUGGACAGCGCCGACAUAAUUUAUAGGAGCAAAAAGAAAAAAUGUAAAAUGGUAGGCAAGUACGUUAUGGGAGACGUGUUAGGGGAGGGCUCCUAUGGGAAAGUCAAGGAGAUGUUGGACUCUGUGACAUUGUGCAGGCGGGCGGUCAAAAUCCUUAAGAAACGGAAGUUAAGAAGGAUCCCAAAUGGGGAGCAGAAUGUGCAAAGAGAGAUACAGUUACUGCGAAUACUUAGACAUAAAAAUGUGAUAGAACUAGUCGACGUUAUAUUUAAUGAUGAGAAGCAGAAGAUGUACCUUGUAAUGGAGUUUUGUGUUGGAGUGCUACAGGAUAUGUUAGAAUCGAGUCCUGGUAAAAAGUUUCCGCAGCGACAAGCCCACGAUUACUUCACACAGCUUCUGGACGGCUUGGAGUACUUACACGGGCAGGGCGUGGUGCAUAAGGAUAUCAAGCCGGGAAACUUACUACUCACGUUGGACCAAACGCUUAAGAUAACCGACUUCGGUGUUGCUGAGGCGUUAGAUAUGUUUUCUCCCGAGGACACGUGCUAUACAGGGCAAGGCUCCCCGGCCUUCCAACCGCCAGAAAUAGCCAACGGAGCUGAGCAGUUCUCCGGAAUCAAAGUAGAUAUUUGGAGCAGUGGGGUCACUUUAUACAACAUGACGACGGGGCGGUACCCGUUCGAGGGCGACAACGUGUACCGGCUGCUGGAGGCGAUCGGCCGCGGCUGGCCGGCGCCGCCGCUCCGCGUGGUGGGCGCGUCGCUGGGCGCGCUGCUCACGGCCAUGCUGGCGCGCGACCCCGCGCUGCGCCCCGGCGUGCACGACAUCCGCAGGCACGCUUGGGUGCAGUCGCGGCCGCCGCUGGAGCCGGGCGAGCGGCUCGUGAGUCCGCGCUCGCGGCGGUCGGACGAGCUGCACAACUCCACCGUCAUACCCUACCUCGUCGAGCGGCACUACCCUCCCCUCCGAGAGUACUUCACCGAGAGGGACUUGAGGCAUGAGCUGUGCUCGGGCGGGUCGCGCACGCUGUCGACGGCGGAGCUGUCGGAGGGCGAGUCGUCGCACAAGCGGCGCUGGCACUCGUCGUGCGGCCGCCUGCCGUCGUGCCGCCUCACGUGAUGCUCGCCCGCGCGACACAUGUUCAGCUUAUAACGUUGGCUGUACGCCCACUUCUAUUCCCUCUCCGUCUUCAAAAUUACUCUGUGGUCGCCUUUUAAGGUUGUUCCGUUCUGCCCGCUCUACAAACGCGGUCAUAUAUUUUCCUGACGCCCCGAACUCGGUGGUCUCGUAUUUCUCAAUAGUUGCAUGUAUGUUGUAACGUGUCGCAAAUGUCACAGGUGGCGAAGAGUUUCCCUAUUUUUGUAAACUUUUUUCACGCUCUCCGCUGUUGUCGAAGUGUUUGCGUGUUUGAAAUGAAAAUGAUAGCUUCCAGCGCGUGUUAGCGUUUGUUUCCGUGAAGUAACUUCACUUCGUGUCACCACGUGUUUUACAAAUAAUACAUAUUUUAAAGU